AUGGCGUCCUCAGGCGAUGAUAUGCCUAUCGCAGCGUCGAGGAAGUCUAACGGGACGAAUGGAGUCACCAACGCGCUCUCUGCGUCAAAGAUUCCUUCGACGGUGGACGCUACGAUGGACCGAGAAAUCCCUACCAAUGGCGAGGUCAUGCCAGGCAUAUCCAUGGCCAACGGGGAUGUGAAAGUUGAAGAUACACCUAUGACGGACGGCAAUGACAAUGUGGUCAACGGAGCCAAGCGGAAGGCCCGAGACAGUCUUACACGGCCAGAUUAUGCUGAGGCCGAAAGCAGCGACGAUGAUGUGCCAUUGAGUAAGAAGCGAAAAACCACGACAGCGCCCGCCGAUUCCGACUCCGACGAUGCCCCUCUUAUUUCCAAGGCAAAAACCAACGGCAAGACCGUUACCAAUCCGCCACGCGUGAAGGCGUCACAGAUCGGCGAGUCUUCGGAUUCUGAUGUUCCACUGGGCAAGAAAUUGGCCAAGCAGAAACAAAACAUUGAAAAGGCUGCCGAGAAAGAGGCCAAGCAGAUCCGCAAGGACGAAAAGAAGGAAGCCGACAAGUCCAAGGCCAAAAAGGCUGCCCCGGCGAAAAAGGUGAAGAAAGAAGAAUCCAGUGACGACGACAAACCAUUGGCCAAGCGCGCGCCAGCAACCGCUAGUAGGAGAGUCAAGACCGAGUCUUCCACACCGGUAAAGAAGACCUCGAAGUCCAUCAAGAAGGAGGAGACUGCCGACCCCGAAGACGAAGAAGAUGACGAUGAUGAGGUCAAAUGGUGGGAGGAUCCUACCAAAGGCGAUGGAACCAACAAGUGGGAGACUCUGGAGCACAAUGGUGUCGUGUUCCCACCGCCUUAUCAACCACUCCCAGAACAUGUCAAGAUGAAAUACGACGGUGUGCCAAUUUCACUUCAUCCAGACGCCGAGGAGGUUGCCGGUUUCUUCGGGUCCAUGCUGAAUUCGACGCACAACGUGGAGAAUCCUACCUUCCAGAAGAAUUUCUUCAACGACUUCAAAGAAAUCCUGGAGAAAACGGGUGGAGCUACCGACGCCAAAACUGGCAAGAAGAUUGAGAUCAAGGAGUUUGCGAAGUGCGAUUUCCGACCGAUCUUCGAGCAUUACGAAGCUGAGCGAGCAGCCAAGAAGGCACUACCUGCGGCGGAAAAGAAAGCGCUCAAAGCAGCCAAAGAUGAGGCCGAGGCUCCAUACAUGUACUGCAUCUGGGAUGGCAAGAAGCAGAAAGUCGGCAACUUCCGCGUCGAACCUCCUGGGUUGUUCCGUGGUCGGGGUGAACAUCCAAAGACGGGGAAAGUCAAGACUAGGGUAAUGCCAGAACAGGUCACGCUCAACAUUGGCAAAGAAGCCAAGGUGCCGCCUCCGCCGGAAGGCCACAAAUGGAAAGAGAUCAAGCAUGACAAACAAGGCACCUGGCUGGCUAUGUGGCAGGAAAACAUCAACGGCAACUACAAGUAUGUCAUGCUUGCGGCCAAUUCGGAUAUCAAAGGCCAAAGCGAUUACAAGAAGUUUGAAAAGGCUCGGGAACUGAAGAAGCACAUUGACCGGAUCCGUCAAGACUACCGCAAAGAUCUCAAAUCGGAACUCAUGGCCGAUCGACAGAAAGCAACCGCCAUGUACUUGAUCGAUCAAUUCGCCCUCCGAGCUGGUAAUGAGAAAGGCGAAGAUGAAGCCGACACGGUUGGUUGUUGUUCGCUGAAGUACGAACACAUCACGCUACGUGCCCCCAACACAGUCAUCUUUGACUUUCUGGGCAAAGACAGUAUUCGGUUCCACGAGGAAUUCGAGGUUGACCCACAAGUAUUCAAGAACCUCAAAAUCUUCAAGAAGCCUCCGAAAAAGGAAGGCGACGACAUUUUCGACCGCCUGACCACAACGCAACUCAACAACCAUCUCAAGAACUACAUGCCUGGCCUGACUGCAAAGGUGUUCCGUACCUACAAUGCCUCAUACACCAUGUCCAAGCUGUUGAGCGAAAUGAGAUCGGAAGGGUCGGUGGCCGAAAAGGUCAAAGAUUUCAACGAUGCGAAUCGCAAAGUGGCCAUUCUGUGCAACCACAAACGGACCGUGGCAGCGACUCACACGAACCAAAUGGAGAAGAUUGGCAAUCGACUCAAAGGUCUUAAGUACCAGCAAUGGCGACUGAAACAGAUGAUGCUGGACAUUGACCCGAAGAUCAAGAAGAAGAAGGGAGCCGAAUACUUUGCCUUGCCUGAGGAUCUGGACGAGGCUUGGAUCCAGGAACAUCAGGCGUACUUGGUCGAAGAACAAAGGAACAAGAUCAUCAAGAAGUUCGAAAAGGACAAUGAGAAACUGCAGGCCGAAGGACAGAAGCCAAUGAAGCAGAAGGAACUCGAUGAACGUCUGGAAGCCGUCAAAGAGCUCGAAAAGAAGUUCAAAAAGGAAAACAAGACCAAGAAAGUCGAGGCCGAAGGCAAGUCGCCGUCGAUCGAGAAACUCGAGGAGAACAUCAAAAAGUUUGACGCCAGAAUCGCCACCAUGUCCGUCCAGGCGGAGGACAAGGAGAACAAUAAAGAGGUGGCUCUGGGCACGUCCAAGAUUAACUACAUCGACCCACGGUUGACGGUGGUGUUUUGCAAGAAAUUCAACGUGCCUAUUGAGAAGUUGUUCUCCAAGACUCUCCGCGAGAAGUUUGAAUGGGCUAUCAAAUCGGUGGACGAGAAUUGGACUUUUUAG